AUGGCGAAAGUUAGCCAUCUACCAAUGAGGCGCUAUCCUACCGAUCAGCCAGCAGCCGUCAAUGUAGAUCCAAUCAACUUCUAUCCACCGGCCAAUGCUACUCACCAUCGGGUUCCACCGAAACCCACCGACAAAGGCAAGAAAACAUGGGGCCAACGUCUGAAGCUGAGCAAAGCAUCGCCCGCAACUGAAGACAAGCAGAACGGUUCGCUAAACGGUGCUUCAAGUGCUGGUUCUGCCCUGGUACCAUUCGGUACCCGUGGCUAUGACCCAUCGCUAGACUUCAACACCAACGGUCCGGCAUCGCUUUCUGCGGUAACGCACGGGAACGGCACAAAUCCCUCCACGCACCCCAAUGUGCAUCAGCUGGCCACGAUGAAGUACGCGGAAACGUGGGUGUACGGGACGAUGCGAGGCAUGCCACCACCGAUGGCAAUGUCUCCGCAUCAUCCUCAUCUUUCCCAUCUUCCAGCCCUGUACUGUCCGCCACCUCCACCACCGGAAGUGGCCGUACUGAUCUGUUGCUGCCCGGAGUACCUAACCGGGACGAAGCGAGAGGUGAAAAAGGCGAGUGUAUGCAAAAAGUGUAAAGGAUCUCGGUUACCUCUGGCACCGAUCGGUGGCACGGUACGUCUCACAUCCGGCGCCACCUAUCUCGCGCCACCACCGAUCCGCACCAGUGCAGGAACAGUGAAGCUAGCCUCGACUUACGGCAAAAAGUCACGCCCAACGAUACUCGGCAAUGGAAACCCGGAUCCGUACGACUUUAUGCGCCGGUCGAGAUUAACGCAACCGGCUGAGACCGGUACGGGUGGAGGAGGCUCGAAGUCGGUCAAAAGUAGUCUAAAGGAAAAGCUAAGAGGUCGUACAAAAAGUACAAGUCCUUCACGUGGGCGCAGUGGGAGCACCUCGGGAGGAAAGCGAGGAUCCGCGGCAAGAUCUCCGUCACCGUCACUGAGCAAGAAUGGGUCGCGCGUUGGAGGUCGCAAAGACGGCAAGAUGGAUUCGUUCCAGGACUGUUGGAUUGGAGAACCGGAACGGGAUGGAGAACUCCUGGAGGAGGGCGUACCCCCCGCAUCCAACAACGCUCAGAAUCGCAAAUCGAUCCUCCGGUGUGACGUCAAUCCGUACGAUCUGAUCUCGUUGAGUGGUAUCGGGGGAGGUUCGGGCGGGGGCAUGCUGAGCGAAUUCUCGCCCGACGGUGACGAGUUCGAUCUGCACUCGCAAAAGUAUGAGAACAUCCUCGACACGCUGUACGCCAACCGGUACAACCCGCCGGCGAACAGCAUCGCGGCAAUCAAUGGCCAAAGAAUUAAGCUGUUCGAUGAUUCGGGCACCAGCGUGUCCGGCGGGCCCGUGUACGACGAUGUCGACGAGUUUGUGUACGAUCCGGUCGAGAUACCGGCGACGGAGAUGGAAGCAAACGGCACCAACGAGCAGCCGCUGUCCGGUACACCGGAACGGCCACCACGAUCGAAAAAGCAGGAGGUAACCAAAGAAGAUGACAGUCGAUCCCUCCCGUCGUCACCGAUCUCAGCUGAUCCGGCGGUGGCGCAAAGUGCAAUAAAAUCGAUCCUCAAGCGACCGUCCUCCAUGCCAGCGGGGACACCGUCGGUGAUGGUGGAGAAGGACACGAGUGCCCCGGGCUACGAUACUAUCCGGCUCAAUCACACGCUGGUGCAACGUCUCGCGAAGCUCACAACCAACGGUAGCGCGACGGAGGAAGGUACCACGUUCGGCAAGAACGGCACUAUCAGUGCAAGGAAUCUGACGGACAAGAGGAACUCGGGCUCACAGUUUUAUCUUCCAACACCGUUUCCCGUGGUGGCGAUAUCUACCGCGAGUUCGGACAGUUCACCAGACUCGGCACAAUCCACAACGUCAGCUAACGGGCGCAAGAAGGUCCAUUUUCUGGUUGAGAACGAAAUCAUUCACGACGAUGAUCGACUGUUCGCUCAGAUGCUGUUCACCGAGGUAACUAAAACGCUGGAAUCGUCGAUGGAAACGACGAACGGUGUUGCAAAGGAGGAGCAUCGAACGGAGUCUGAGGGGAGAAAGGAACCAACGCUAUCGAAUGGAGCAUCACCACAUCAGGUAGGAACUGAAGCACCUGCCAAAGUGAUCCUACUACCACCACCGGUUCCCAACGCGACGAAGACUUCAAACGGCACUAAUGAGGAACGGGCCGAGCGACCGAGUGCGGUUGCCACCGUGUUCCAGCGACGAUCCGGCCCCGUUCGGCGAAGCUUUAGUGACCGAUCGUCACCCACCAAGACGAAUGGGUAUGACGGGCGCGACUCAAACGGAACCGUAGCUAGGGAUGAUCAGUUCAACGAUACGAUGGCGUUGCGUGUGAGACCCCUUAGGGCCGAUUCCCGUAGCGCAUUUGAAGACGAAACGGCUUCCUCGACGUCAUCGUCCUCGUCGUCGGAAUCUUCCAUCGGAUCCGUAGCCUCACUGCUAAUGGCUGUAGGGCAGGGUGGUAAAACACGACCAAGACUGCCACCACCACCACCACCGCCACUGUCCUCUGGUGCUGGCGGAGGCAAAACGCCAACAUCACCCGCAGCUGACUCACCGCCACUCGGAAACGGAGAACGCACACACACCGCAGGCAACAACGUGUACGAGGAUUUUUGCUUCGGCCUGAUGGCGGGCGUCAGGCGUUCGAGUAGCGAUCGGAGCAGCUCCACCUCGACCUCCUCCCGUACGGUGGUGCAGGUGCUGGCCAGCUCGUCAUCGUCGUCAUCGUCACCGAUUUCUUCGAGCGCAGCCAUCCAUCGGCUCGAGAUACGCCACGAUCCCGAGCCGGAGGAGGAGCACUACCAGAAGAAAACGUCCAUCAUGAUCACGGGCGACGAUUGCUACUCGACUGUGAACGUGGAUGGCGCUAGUGAUACGCCGAUCUAUCAGUCCUCGGUGGUGGUGAACGAUGGCAGCAUGCUGUCCUCACCGGCGAACGAGAUACGCCAAACGGCAUCCAAUACGAUCACCAUUAGCGUGAGCUCACCGACGUCUACUUUGGAAAGCCGGGGAAGCAAAGCGUCGAGUCGUUCGGAAUCACUUAAAUUCGACAGCUCUGCAACGAUGGAGGACAUACCGGGGAAGAACAAUGAGAAGCCCCGUGAGCAGGUUACGAACGGGACGAUAGUUUCGAUGGGCAGAGGUGAAGAUGUCACGACUGUCACGACCGGAACGUCCAUCAUUCCUAUCGGGGGCAGUAGUGUCACUGGCAGCAAUGGUCGUACCUUGAUCAAUCUGGAUUUUAGCGAGCAGAGCAGGACGGUGGUUCCAUUAGCUGCCGAUAGCAGUCCUUCUUCGCCGUCAGCCACGACUCUGGAGAAUGUCACACCGAUCGCACAAGUUCCUAGUGAAAGCAAUGACUCCAAAGAUCCACCGAAAGUUCACGAAGAUCACGAGCAACAGCAGCAGCAGGUGGUAGUCAAACAGUGCUUGGUGGAGCUCACCCCGACACCGGUUGUACUUCGGCGUUCGAUAAAGCCGAGCGCGGAACCGGCCUCCGGGAGCUUGCAGGCGAAGGUGUGUCGGAACAGCUUUAUCGCCAAGCUGCUGGAGGAUCCCUCCCUGAGCCAGCUGUCCGAGGGGUUGGAUUACGAUCUGAUCGCGAAACUGAUCGAAAACUCACUGCUCCGGCUGAAGGAAUCACGCAACGGACUGGACAUGAGCGGUACCAAAGACGAAGACGACGUGUCGAAGAUGAUCGAACAAUCGUUGCUGAAGAUACAGGAGGAGCGCAGCAAGCUGGCCACUAGUAGCACCAUCUCCGCAGGAUCGGUGAAGUUGCCGGAUAUGCAGAAUGGAAGCAAGCGGAGCAGUGUGAGUUCGGGCAACAGCUACGGUUCGGCGGCUGCGUACGAACUGAUGGAGUUCGAUCAGCUGGGCGAUUUGAGUGAUUGCUAUCAAAGCUGCAGCAGUGAUCUGACGGUUGACGAGGACACGAACUCCUCCCGCAGCAAGUUCUACCAGAUGCUGGUCGAUGCGACCCUGUCGGAGAUCGAGAUCAACACGACGAACGAUGAUGACGAUCACCACUACGAGUCGAUCCGGUUGAACGGUGAUCCGAUCUACGAGGAGAUCAACGAUAUACCGCCACCCUUGCCCCUGACCGCACCGCCGAUCGAUGAUGUGGAUCUGGAGAAGCAACGUAACGCACGGUCCAUCUUCGAAGGUGCCUCCAAGUACGACAUCCUCUCGUAUCUGGUGGACGCGAAAGAGCGUGGCAUUGUGCAGGAGGAUGGCACGUACGGGUUCCAGUUCGGGAAUGCGGGUGACAUCAUUCUGGAGGAGGAAGAAUCCGAACCCAUCACCGAGCUGCGGCACCAUCAGCGGCAGAUAUCGGACAUCAGCAGCCGGCUGAGUCACCUUUCGGGCAUUAGCGAUUCCAGUGAGGAUACGUCCCUCUCGACGGCCACGAUCAGCAACGGGCGCAGCAGUAAGGCGUCCGCCGAGAUCGAACGCAACGACUCGGGCGUUGGAUCGGAGACGAGCAAAACGUCCCGCAGCCGGUGGCAAAACCCGGCAUCCGCUUCGCUGCUCACCAAGAUCACGCCGAUCCAUCUGUGCGAAGACUGCGACGGUCCAGUAGAGACGCAGGUGACCGAGUCCGGUGUCAUGUACGCACCGCUCGUGUGCCGCAAGUGCGGCAAGAAACGGGCCGAGCGGAAGGAGAUCAUCACCGAGAUCGUCGAGACGGAGGAAAAGUACGGGCGGGAUCUGCAGAUCAUUCUCGAGGAGUUCUACCAGCCGAUGCUGGUGGCCGGGCUGCUCAACCAGGAUCAGCUCUCUGCAAUCUUUUUGAACGUGGAAGAACUGCUGGAGAACAAUCAGUUCUUGGCCGAGCGGAUGCGCGAUGCGCUCGACAUUGCCAACGAGCAGGGCGACGAUGACCUGCUGACGGUAAACAUCGGCAAGAUCUUCCUGGAGGCGGCCCCGAUGCUGCACGCUUUCGAGAGCUACUGCGUCCGGCAGGGUGCGGCCAGCCUGCUGCUGGCAAACCUCGAGAAGGAGAAGGAGCUCCUGCGAAUAUUCCUGCGCGUUUCGCAGAUGGAAAAUGCCGUACUACGGCGAAUGAAUCUCAACUCGUUCCUUAUGGUCCCGGUGCAACGCGUCACCAAGUAUCCGCUGCUGUUGGCCCGUCUCUACAAGGUUACUCCGGCCCAUCUGGAGGGUAAGGAGCUGCUGAAACAAUCACAGGAAAAGAUUGAACUGCACCUGAACCACAUGAACCGGGAGGCGAAAGAUGUACCGACGAAGCUGUGGCGACGCAUCUCGUCCUCCAGUCCGGGUCGCCGGUUGUCCUGCGAGCUGGAUAUGAUUAACAUCAAGCUGCGCAAGAUGGCGGUGGAUGUGCUGGAGUGGAACCACGAAGAGGUCCGAUUCGCCAUCGAGGGCCGGUUGCUCUUUACGCAGCCGAACGAUGGCAACUGGAAGAAGAGCCGCACGAUCAAGCUCACCUCGAUCAAUGCCCUUCUGGUGACGAAUGGCAAGCCCACGGCCAGCUACAAGGCGGACCGGGCCCUGUCGGAAACGCUCAGCUUUCCCCGGCACACGGGCAUUCGCGAGGCAUCGUUGCUGCUGGUGCGCGAAAAGGGUGGCCGAUAUACGCUGCUACGCGAGCCACUGUUCCUGGACCGGUGCAUCGUCUGCUCCGAGCACGACUGGGAGGACUAUUUCGAGGUGCAGGAGAUCCUCUCGAAGGAGUCCUUCAUAUUCAAGGCUGAGGACGGUACGAAAACGAAGCAGUGGUACGCCCAGCUGCAGUACCAUUCGCAGGGUAUGGGCACCUGGCGUAAGCGUCGAAAUGCGCUCGCCAACAUCAUGAUUAAUGGCAUGAUGACACGAACGUAA